AGAUUAGGUCUCACUCAACUGGUCAAAAAGAUUGGAAUGGUGGAUUUACCAGAUAACCCAGAUGGCGAGCUGAUAAAAUACCGGUGGGAUCAUCCUCAUGUAAUGCCAGCAGAUAUGUCAGUUGAAGUAUCCGAGCUAUUCACGCGGGAGUUCACAAGGUAUAUUGAGGAGACUGAAGAACUUGCCAUGAAUGCUCUGAGAGCAAACAGACACAUUCUGGACUUGAUCACCAGAGAGUUAUUGGAAAAAUCAAGAAUUACUGGAUUG